GUACUUAGUGCUAACACAGAACCAAAUCAAUGAUGCUAGUCGAAUUUUGCCCUGUUUUGAUGAACCGGAGAUGAAAGCCGAAUUUAAUAUAACGGUACAGCAUCCACGUGGUACAACGGCUAUUAGUAAUGCGGUGACUGCAAAUUUUCGGAAUCUAUCUGAUGAAUGGAGUGAAACAAACUUUGAAAUAACGCCAAAAAUGUCCACCUAUCUUUUGGCGAUUGCUGUUAGCGAUUUUGAACAAAAAUAUCGUCGAUGUAACAGUCGUAUUGAGGUUUUUUUUCAAUAAUA